GGAUUACGUAAAAGCAAAACAGAUGCAGAUGAGGGACGUAUGCACCACGUUUCACUAUCAAAUCUUCUAUAGCGCAAGCCAUAAAAGAUAUGGAUAUAUCCAUAACUGGAAAUACUGAGGUUUCAUCAUGUAUGGUUCUCCCCGGAUUAUGGAAGAAAAAAGGCCGCUUUUUUAAAAAGUCUGCUGUGGGAUGGGAAUGAAACCAAUCGGACGAGCCACAUGACCGGACUUUCAAAAUACCUAUAAAAUACCUCAUUCUCGGGCGACCAAAAAUUACUUUUUUCCCCACGUUUUUCAAUUCCAUCUCUUUGUCACUAUGACCACCGGAGUAAUUGCCAAGUCGGCAUUAGCAGACGAUCCUACAGGUGGAGAAACCUUCAAAUACCAGAGUCAAUUGCCCAAGUUGCCGAUUCCCCCUCUGAAUGAUACUUUGGAUCGAUAUCUGUCCGUUCUUAAACCAUUGCAGAGUACCAAAGAACAUGAAACGACAAAGAAAGCAGUGAAAGACUUUCUGGAGACGGAUGGACCGGAAUUACAAGGCUUGCUGCAAACUUACGCCACUGACAAGUCAUCGUACAUUGAAGAGUUCUGGUACGAUUCCUAUUUGCAACAUACAGAUCCGGUGGUAUUGAACCUUAAUCCCUUUUUCCUGUUGGAGGACGAUCCAACUCCGCUUCGCAACGAUCAAGUGGUACGCGCGUCCUCGUUAAUCUACUCCACUCUCACUUUUGUGGAAGCCUUGAGGAACAAAACGCUGGAACCCGAUGUCUUCCGAGGCGUCCCCCUUUGUAUGUCACAGUUCACGCGUCUUUUUGCAACGGCUCGCGUGCCAACCGAUAACGGAUGCUAUAUUGCUCCCGCGGAUGAAGCUCGACAUAUCGUUGUCAUGGCUCAUUCUCAGUGCUAUCACUUUGAGGUGUUGGAUGAAUACAACCAAGUCCUUUUGUCGGAAAAAGAAAUCGCGUCCAACUUGAAGGCUAUUUUAAGAGAUGCCGCUACUAUUCCCGUCAAGGAUAUCGCUAAUAACGCUAUUGGUGUUUUGACGACCGAAAAUCGUCGGAACUGGGCUCGUCUGAGAGGAGAGCUUAAAAGUGACCCCGUCAAUCGCGAAGCACUGAAUGUCGUGGACACAGCCCUGUUCAUCGUCUGUCUAGAUCAUGUGGAACCGGCCACAACCGAAGAAUUGAGUACAAAUAUGUUGUGUGGAUCUUACAAGCUGGAUCACGGCCUUCAAAUAGGCACAUGCACUAAUCGUUGGUAUGACAAGCUGCAGAUCAUAGUAUGCAAAAAUGGAAGUGCGGGCAUUAACUUUGAGCAUACAGGUGUGGAUGGUCAUACUGUGCUACGCUACGUCUCUGAUAUCUACACGGACACAAUUCUUCGAUUCGCCAAGACGAUCAAUAGUCAGACAAAAUCCAUCUUUCAUUCUUACAAGCAAAGCGAUUCGCAGGGCGCACGACGCGACAGCGCUGCUUCUUCCAAUUCUGCUUCACUCGAUAUCAAUCCGCGUCGCAUCGAAUGGAAUAUGACCGAGGAACUAACCCUGGGUGUCCGAUUUGCCGAAACGCGACUGAGUGAUCUUAUCUUGCAGAAUGAAGUCAAGGUGUUGGAGUUUACAAAAUACGGAAAAUACUUUAUCACGGAUAUGAAAAUGAGUCCGGAUGCGUUUGUGCAAAUGGCAUAUCAAGCGGCAUAUUAUGGAUUAUAUGGCAAGUGCGAAUGUACCUAUGAACCUGCCAUGACAAAGACUUUUCUUCACGGUCGUACCGAGUCGGUUCGUAGCGUUACCGAAGAAUCGCUCAAAUUCGUGCAGACCUAUUAUUCAAGAUCAGCAAAUUCCCACGACAAAUUGGAGGCUUUGCGUGCCGCAUUGAGAACACACACGAAACUCACGAGGGAAUGUGCCAAGGGCCUGGGUCAGGAUCGGCACCUGUACGCACUCGAAUGCUUAUGGGAUCGCAUCCAUAAAGACAAGAAAAAACCUACCAUCUUCACCGAUGCCGGUUGGUUGCUCAUGAAUCACACUGUGAUCAGUACUUCCAACUGCGGUAAUCCGGCGCUUCGCCUCUUUGGUUUUGGUCCUGUGGUAUCGGAUGGAUUCGGCAUUGGCUAUAUUAUCAAGGAAGACGGUAUUGCAUUUGUCGCAUCAUCCAAGCACCGACAAACUCAGCGAUUCUUGGACACCUUGCAAAAAUAUCUCAUUGAUAUUCAGGUCAUGCUUCAAAAUGAGAAAUACCCCGGUGGCUUAUCGCAACGCCAACGAUUGCUCGCCAUGGAAGAAGCUCAUGAACUUAUCAAUGGCUACAGCUAUUUCGAUAAUGGCGAUCAAGAUAAAUAUCUAUCCGAUACAUCCAGCCAAUCGAGAGAUGAUGCAUCCACCCGAUCCAUUACCCGCAAAGUAGGCAAACGGCUGGUUUUGAGACAAGCCGAUGAAUAGUGUACAGAAAAUGCAAGGAAAAAUAAAUAUCAAUACAGUGUACAGAAUAUGCACUUCUUUAGUGGGAAAAACAAGCAACGUCAUGUCAUGUCAUGUCACGAAAAUCUUACUUCGAUAAUAGUUAUUAACGGAACGGAUAAAGAAAAUAUGUCUAAUCUCUGUGGUUUUUUACAUAAGGAAACAGUUGGCAUCAGACUUUUUAGGUGUUGA